AACUCUGCAUAACAUCAACAAUUGGACCUCGUCGUAAUUGUUGAAAAAUGUUAAAAUUCUUAAAUAAAACGCGACAGUUGCUGUAUCCAAAUGUGCGCAAUUUGUCGCAUACCGUCACAGUUUGUCAGAGCAAUGCAGCAACUGAAUCCACAACGACGACCGGUAAGGAAACACUUGUUUCCAAGCCGGCUCUAAUACUGCCCCAGAAUUAUGCGGAACAUGCGCCCGUGAGCCGAAGCACUGCACGCCAGGCGUGGAUAGAAAAUGUGGAUGCAGUGACUGAGAGAAAAGUAGGGCUUAUGGAACUGCAUCCGGAUGUGUUUGCUGCACAGCCGCGCGUCGAUGUCAUUCAGGAGAAUAUUGAGUGGCAGCGCAAGUAUCGUUAUGUAAGCAUGGCACAUACCAAAACACGCGCCGAGGUGCGGGGAGGCGGACGCAAACCCUGGCCACAGAAGGGCAUGGGUCGUGCACGCCAUGGCUCGAUACGUUCGCCACUCUUCAAAGGCGGCGGCGUCAUCCACGGUCCGCGUUCACCGACCACCCAUUUCUAUAUGCUGCCCUUCUACAAGCGAGUGAUGGGACUCACAUCGACGUUGAGCGUCAAAUUGGCGCAGGAUGACUUGCACAUCAUUGAAGAUGUUGAGAUUCCCACGAAGGAUGCACAGUUUAUUAGAGAUUUGAUUCAGGAGCGUAAUUGGGGACCCUCUGUGCUGAUUGUGGACAAGCACGAUGUAUUUCCAGAGAAUAUUUGCUAUGCUACAGACUCGAUAGGCUAUGUGAAUCUGAUGCCCGCCUAUGGCCUGAACGUCUAUUCCAUGUUAAAGCAUGAUACAUUGGUGUUGACUGUGGAGGCCGUUAAGCAUUUGGAGGAGCGUUUGCUUUAUCAGCUCCAUCGAAAUGAUGCAGCCAGCAAGCAAACCAAAUUUAAGCUCGAUCAAGUUUAGAUUAAGCCUUUAUAUAAUUUAAUUGUAUUUAC